GCCUUCCGCAGCAGUCCCAGAAUCGCAACAGGGUCCAGCACCAUAAAUGCGUUAUCCCGAGGUUCAGGGAGAGAUCAGCCCUCUUCCGGCAGUGCGGGACGAGGGUUCUGUCGUUGCACUGCAUCCACUCACGUCUGCCGGAGCGGCAGUCUCAGUUGCAGCGACCUCGGAUGUGGGACAACCACUGGCAGCGGCGGAGCAAGAAAGUAUGCUCCCACCUCGCAGUGUUCAACCGCGGCCACUGCCUGCAUUGAUGGAGGGGAGUCAGGGGACCGUUGUUGUGUGUCAAGGCGACGAUCUCCCGGAACGUGAUAUCUCACACACUCCCGCAGCUGAGCUGAGCGCCGCAGACCAUGUCGGCCUCGCAUGCCCCACCGGCAGUCUUCCGGGUACCGGCGAGUUACUGACCAUGGACUCUGCGCUCGUUUCUCUACCGGACUUGUCGACGUUGAUAUCCCCAGGUCUACCCCAUGUGUCACCGCCCAAGCCACAACAGGUUGUUGUCAUCGAGCGUGGAUCGGACGGGUUUGACGUGGCAGGAGGCGAUAUCGCCGAUAUGAUUACGAUCCCAAUGGUGUCUGCCACACCCACAAUUUUUCGUGUUGGCAAACUACGCGAGGUGGCCCUUGGUUUGGCGGACACGGCGACGCGACACCGCCGCGAUGGUCAGCGCAGCAUCAUACAACGCAGUCUUUCUCAUUCGUUUGACGGCGCAGAGGAAGGGUCUCCUGGUGGGCCAGUUGACACACUCGAAAGAGAUGCAAGACCCCCAAGUCCGCCGUCAAACUUAGAGCAUCAUCCGAUUGCCGCGGCUGUCGGCGCAGAUGCGGGCGUCCCCGUCACAAACAGUGGCGCAGACGCGACARAACAGCUUGUGGUUGGGUCAUCGGCGACAGCMMRGCGCGACAGAGCCACUGUUUUGCCGACAGUGGCAUUUUAUGCCAGCGGGAAGAGUACUGGGGGRAUGGAUGAGCAGGGAGUCCGGAAUGUUGGUAGGCCAUCUGCACCGUCUAUGGGGAAACGAUCCAUUGGGAGUGUGGAUGGUGCUCGGCACACCGCCAUGGCCGAGUUUGAGGACCGACACGGGAGUGCUUUGCCGACGAAGACGUCUGAUGUCCAUGCUAUGAGAGCCUUAAAGGCGAGUCUUUCUCGGGCAAGGAAGAAGGCCUCGGCAAGGAAGGCGUCACGUUCAUCCUCACAUAUGUGUUCCCGAGAGAGAGGAUCGGGCGUUGUGCAUCUCGAGGACGGAGAGAUUGCACCUGGCGACGACGAAUUGGAUGUUGGAGGGAGGGAUGCAACGACGGCAGAUAUCGUCGGCAGGGAGGGCACAGGGAAUGCAGUGGCAGGUCAGAAGAGACGCGGCAGUGUACUUAUCGUCCACGACGACAGCACAGAUGUCGCCCCGGGAGAGACCACAGGCACUGAUGAUGCAGGGGACUCCGAUUACGUACCCAAACCACGGGCGGCAGAUGGAGAUGAUGGAGGAGGGCGACGAGUGAGACCGAGGACACGACUCGGGCCGCAAGGGCAGCAAGCACAGGGCGCACCAUCGGCGAUGAUUCCUGCCCCCACAGAUCGGCGAGCUCAGGCGCAGCGGUUGCUGCGCAAAAUGGAGGCCACUCUUCAACAGACGCACGGGUGCCUGGAGUGGCUUAAGGUGCUUGACGUGGGUCGGUCGGUAGGUGCUUGGAGUGGCUCGGUCGAUAGGUGCGUGGAGUGGUUCAGUUGGUAUGUGUUUGGAGUCACUCGACGGUUAGGUGGUUGGAUUAGCUUUGUCCGUAGGUGCUUGGAGUGCCACAGUGGGAAGGUGCUUGGAGUGGCUUGGGGUGAAGGUGCUUGGAUUGGCUCGGUCGAUCGAUGCAUGCAGUGGCUUAAGGUGUCGGACAUGGCUGAGUCGGUAGGUGCUUGGACUGAUCCGACCAAUAGGUGCUUGGAGUGGAUCAGUCGGUUCUUGAAGUGGCUUCGGGUGUAUGUGCUUGAAGUGGCUCGGUCGGCAGGUGUGUCGAGUGGAUCGGUGCAUAGGUGCUUGGAGUGGCCCGGUGUGUACGUGCUUAGAGUGGCUCGGGGUGUACUUGCUUGAAGUGGCUUUGGGUGUAUGUGCUUGGAGUGGCUCCAUCCAUAUGUACGUGCAGUGGCUCGGUCCGUAGGUGCUUGGAGUA